CGCCCAUUUCCAGUUUCCGCUCGUCGUUCUCCCAGAAGCGUCUUGCACAAGUGAAGGGCAUCUCCGUAUGAAAGCAUGACCGUCGCAGCACCCCCUACGCCCGCAAAUAAACCACUGACCGCCGCCGUGGCGGCUUCUGUCGACCGGCUACGCAAGAUGCAAGCUGCGGAACCAGAGGAGGCAAUGACCAUUAUAGUGAUACAGGCAUUAUUGGAGGAUAUGAAGCAGAGCAGUGCGUCCUCCACGUCGGAAUUCAUACAGCAAGCGCAAAAGGCCAGUAAAGCGCUUGAGAAGCUCCCUUACAACCAGCCAUCCAUGAUCGCCGGUACGGCCAUCUUCAAACACAUAUUAGAAGCACAACGGCAGGAUGACAAGGGCUUCGACGACUGGAAACGCUCCAUCUUUAGAGUCUACGACCAACAAAUCGCCCGUUACAAAACGUUUCGCGAACGGGCUGCAUGCUACGGCUUGCCCUUUGUGAAAGACGACGCGGUCAUCCUGCUGCAUUCGUUCUCCAGGACUGUUAUGGUCCUGCUGCAAAAGGCGAAACUGGCGAAUAGGAGGUUCAAGGUGUUUGUGACGGAGACUAGGGGGACAACUAAUGGGUCCUCGGUUGUGGAAGAGCUAAGCAAACACAACAUUCCCGUGGAACUGAUCUUGGACGCCGCCGUCGGCUCCAUCAUCAACCGCGUCGACAUGGUUAUCGUUGGCGCUGAAGGGGUAACGCAAACCGGUGGGCUCAUCAACAGGAUCGGAACAUACCAAAUCGCGAUAGUCGCACAGGCAGCCAACAAGCCCUUCUAUGUCGUAGCAGAACAAUACAAAUUCGUCAAACUCUGCCCACUAUCCCAAACAGACCUUCCCAUCCCUUCCUCCGAAUUUUACAAGUUGACGUCAAAAGAUUCCUUCACGGACCGCACACCGCACACCGGCCACCCCGCAAUCGACUACACGCCCCCGCAGUACAUCCACCUGUUCUUUACAAAUGUUGGUGUGCUUACGCCUGCUGGCGCUAGUGAGGAGCUAAUGAAGUUUUAUAUGCCGUAGUAACCCCAUGUGUUGGCAGAGUAGAUGUAGCGCAGUCGGCAGACGUGUGGAUAGUGUAGAGGCGGGUUGAGCUCAGCCUCCCAGGCAUCCGAUGUGUCGCUCAACCUCCGUCCAUCCCGGAAUACGAUAUCUAUCGGAUCUAUCGUGGUUUCCCGUUUACGUGCCGACUCGCUAACACGCGGAAAUGCUUGUC